CACUUAGCGAUAGAAAGUAGAAACUUUGUGAGUUUCACCUAAAGUGGCACACAUUCCAACGAAACUUUGUCAGUUGUAUAUAAAACCAAACGGUUCACUCUUCGCAGUUCAGUUUCCAUCCCUCCGAACAAUGGCUGAUGUUCAAAACCCACCGCCAUACGAUCUCAUCAUCCUCGGAGCCUCUGGCUUCACAGGCAAGUACGUCGUUAAAGAAGCAUUGAAGUUCCUCAACAGCCCAUCUUCUCCUCUCAAGGCCAUAGCCUUGGCGGGUCGCAACCAGGCUAAACUCGCCCAAACCCUCGAAUGGGCAACCCACCCAGACACCCCACCUCCCAUUCCUAUCCUUACCGCCGACACAAACGAUGUGUCGUCGCUCCACCACCUCUGCGCACAGACCAAAAUCAUCCUUAACUGUGUGGGGCCCUUUCGCCUCUACGGCGAACCGGUGGUGGCUGCGUGCGCCGAGAUUGGGACCGAUUACUUGGAUAUCAGCGGAGAGCCGGAGUUUAUGGAGCUAAUGGAGGCUAAGUACCAUGAAAAGGCAGUGGAUGCGGGUUCUUUGGUCGUGUCGGCAUGUGGGUUCGAUUCGGUUCCGGCCGAAAUGGGUUUCUUGUUCAAUUCUCGGCAGUGGGUCGAUCCGGCCUUGCCGAAUCGAGUAGAGGCAUACCUGAGCUUGGAGUCCGAUAAGAAGAUUGCUGGGAAUAUUGGAACGUAUGAGUCUGCGGUUUUGGGUGUGGCUAAUGCUCACAAGUUGCGGGAGCUAAGACGGUCCAGACCCAAACGAAGUAGGCCAGCGAUUCCUGGGCCUCCUCUGAAGGGGUCAGUUUUAGAACGCCAGAAAAAGAUAGGCUUAUGGGCUCUUAAGCUUCCUUCUGCAGAUUCCAUUGUUGUUCGGAGGACAUUUUCAACUCUGACUGAAAAUCCUGGUGGUCUUCCUGGGAAGAACGAGAGUAUAGAACAGAUGUUUAAUAGGGAGGCUUACUGGUCAACGGUGAAGCCUGCUCAUUUUGGAGUAAAGAUAGGUUCUAAGUCUUUGUUGAGCAUUUUUUGUAUCAUGACUGUUGGAGUAAUUCUUGGGAUAUUUGGUCAAUUUUCUUUCGGAAGGUGGCUUCUUUUAAAAUUUCCCUCGUUUUUCAGCCUUGGCUUGUUCAGGAAGAAGGGUCCCUCAGAGGAUGAGGUGAGAAGUGCCUCAUUUAAGAUGUGGUUCGUCGGACAUGGUUUCAGUGAUAGCAGUCUUGUUUCUCAAGAAAAACCAAAACCCCACAUGGAAAUCAUAACAAGAGUGAUGGGACCCGAGAUUGGUUAUUUGACCACACCAAUAAUUCUGGUUCAGUGUGCUCUCAUUCUUCUGAACCAACGUGAUAACCUUCCUAAGGGAGGAGUUUUCACCCCCGGAAUUGUUUUUGGUCCAACUGAUCUUCAAGAACGACUCCAAGACAAUGGAAUCACCUUUGAUGUUGUUUCAAGGAGUGUGUUUUCUGUUUAACAAUUAUAGGAUUUUUAGUUUUUAUCAAUAGCACUUAGCAGAAUGAAACUAUAGUUGACAUUGUUGUCAUCUCAUAAAAGGGUGCACCCAAUAAGAGUAUUAGCUUCUUUAUAAGAACAAGUAGUUAUGGUUGUAUCAAUAUUUGGUUUGUUUCAACUAAUUUCUUCGAUGUU